ACCAAUUUCAAUUGGCUUUUUCAACUCAAGAAUAUCACAUUUCGGAAAACAGAAGCUAAUGUUGCAGUGACCUGUAGGACACCAUAGUGUAGACAUGUUUCUAACAGGAAAGCAGACAUAGACGGAGACAUUUUCUGACAUGUAGUAGGUCCACAAUCAGACAUGGGGAAGUUAAAGUCGUUUGUGGUCAGUUUCGACAACAACAAGGACGUGUACCAGACUGGAGAGAUCGUCAGUGGGAAGCUGAUUGCCGACGUUACGGAAGGAAUAAAAGCCAGAGGUGUCCGCGUCAGGUUCCAUGGUUUUGCUUACCUGCACUGGACCGAGUCCCAUGGUUCAGGAGAACACCGAAGGACAGAACACUACUCAGCUGAGGAAACAUAUUUCAAUCAAACUGUCACUGUCUGGGGAAAAGAGUCGGGAGACAAGACUGGAGAAAACCCAAUCCUUCCCGCGGGAUACCACGAGUUCCCAUUCCGGUACCAGUUAGGCACGGCGUUGCCCUCGUCGUUUGAGGGUGGCAUCGGCUACGUACGCUACUCCAUCAAGGGCAUCGUCGACAGACCAUGGCGUUUCGACCACACCACCAAAUGUGCCUUCACAAUUUUGGACAUGUACGAUCUCAAUCAAGAGCAAAGUGCCAUGAUGCCAUCAACAAAUCAGAACUCCAAGACUCUGUGCUGCCUGUGCUGCACAUCAGGACCGAUAGAACUCCAGGCACAGACAGACAGAGGUGGGUACUGUCCUGGUGAGAGGGUCCUUGUGCGGGGGUCGCUGGAAAACAACAGCAACACAAGGAUCACCAAGACUACAGCUAAGAUUUUACAGACUGUGACAUUCCAUGCCACCAGGAAGUCCAGAUCCUCCCACCAGACUCUGAGUUCCGCUGAAGGGUUGGGCUGUAGAAGUCGUCUGUCAGAGAACAUCGGAGAUCUGAUUCUUCCAGUCCCUGCCGCUCCCCCCUCUGGACUGAGAUAUUGCUCCAUCAUUGACAUCACCUAUGUGGCACAGGUUAAAGCACACAUUGAUGGACCACACGUGAACCUUAAAGUUGAACUGCCCAUUAUAAUCGGCUCUGUUCCGCUGACGACACUCUAUGGUGGCUCCCAGUCAGGGUAUGGCCCAACAAUACCAGGUGUGCCAGCAUUACCAGGUGUGUCAGCAUUACCAGGUGCGCCAGACUAUUCAGGAGCAACGGCACCGCCUCUACCUCCUCCACCCACCUAUGCAGAGGUGACAGGGGGUGGUGCCAACAUACGGGACAGCAGUGACACUGACUACACCAUGGGACAACUCACCUUCGCUCCAAAGUACAUGUACUACGACUGGAGCCAACACCCUCAGCCCUAAUACAAUGAUCCCAUACGGCCAUAGCCAUGCUACCUCCUAAACUCGGAAAUUGGACUGACCUAUAGGGCAUUUUCACUCAUAUCCUGAAGCGAACCAGGGGCUGACCACCCUGUUGAAUCUUCACAACUCUUUGUCAUGAAAACAGAUGCAACAUAUUAAAUCUAUAAAUAAAUGGGUUUUAUUUAAAGAAAAAAGAACAAUUAAGCUUAGUGUACUAGUGGUCUCAUCUCCUUUGGAGUGGUUUGUUUUUAAGUUCUUAGAGCAUUUUCAAACUUGCCGUAUAAAAACCCAAUUAAGAUUGAGAUCACUGCUGUAGUUCAGUCCCCUGCAACUUAGAAUCAGGUAAGUCGCAUACGACCGAUACUUCUCAUCAUGAUGCGAUCGCGCGCGAGUAGCCAAAAAAGCGUCCAACAGCAAACUGGUUCGAGCUACAUUCAGCACCCCCCUCCCAAGCGUAGGCAAAUCGCCAGACCCGGUGGAGCUCGUCGUGGAAUGGACGCGUUAUUCUGUAAUUACCACUCUUAGAGU